UCACUACGCGCACCAGAGUUGGAGCUAAUCUACAGUGUGCUGGGGCAAAAUUGCAGUUGAGGUUGAUCACUUUAUAAUGUUUUGCUGAAUCGGAUCGCACAUUUCUCAUCUUUAAUCCAUCACUCAAAAACACAAACAUGCUGCGCGUCUGUUGGAAAGGGGCUCAUGCAGCGGCGCGGCAAUGUGUGUGUGGUAAAGUGACGGCCCAUCCAUUACAACACUGCCGCGGAUACACCACUGCUGGAAACUCCGGAUCUACUGCUGGGAAAAUAGUGGCUGCCAGUCUUUUAACAGUCGGUGGAGGUCUUGGUGGUACAAUCCUUUAUGCUAAAUGGGACCCCAAAUUUCGGGCAAAUGUAGAGAAGAGUGUUCCCUACUCUGAUCAGCUGUUUGAGAUGACACUUGGCCCACCUCCUCCUCCAUUCGUCCCUUUACAAAAGAAACUGGGAAAGAUCGAACCUCUGCAGAUAUCCUCAUUACCAGAAGUCACCAAGGAAUCAAAGCAGCCCAAAGCCAAAGUCAAGAAGCCUGAUCCAGCACCAGUGGGAGCUCCAAAUGCUGUGGAGAAAGCUCCAGCAUCAACCACACAGACACUAGAGGAAGCCUCCACCUCAGCGGCUCAUAUUAUUUCAGCUAUCAGCGAGGUGCCUUCUGUGCCCGCCCCAGGUACAAGCGAUGAAACCCCACCUGAACGCCCAGUCUCAACCCCCCCAGCAGCUGAAGAGUGUAAGGAGUGUGCUCAUCAUGAGCCUGUGCUGAAGGAGAGACCAGCAGAGGAAGUGACUGCUCGACUGGCUGAACAGGACAAAGCUGAGCAGGAUGCACUGACAGCUCUGACUGCUGGACUGGAGGAAAAUUUGGGCAGCUCAGCAAAGGUCACACUGCAGGCCAUCGGAGCUCAGGAGGCUGCACUGACCGCCAUCGCCGCACACACACACAAACUCAAAGAGGCCAUGGACUCAGAGACCCCUCCUGAUGAGAAGUCAGCUCAGUGGAGAGCAUUGAAUGAGGCUCUUAGUGAGAGGACCCGAUCUGUGGAUGAGGCUGGAGAAGCCCUACUCCAAGCCAAAAAAGAGCUCGAGAAACUUCGUGGAGUGAUCAACAGCGCUAAAGAAUCCAAGAUUGACGCAGCGAGGCCACAGAUCCUGGCCGCAGAGGAGAACUUGCACAGCAUGAUUGUGGAUCUGGAUAACGUUGUAACCAAGGUGCAGACGGCACAGUCGGAGGCAAUGAUCGUAUCUCAGUACAGUGAGCUGGUGAACGAGGCCAAAGCUCAGUUUCAAAAGGAGCUUGCCAGCAUCACACCUGAGAUCCAGGCCAAUUGGAAAGGACUUGCGGGAAAGCUGAGCGCAGAUGAUCUGAACUCUCUGAUCGCUCACGCUCACCGGCGCAUCGAUCAGCUGAACCGCGAGCUGGCAGAGCAGCGGGUGAGAGAGCAGAUCCACAUUGAGAUGGCUCUAGAGCAGCAGAAGCUGGAGAAUCAGAAAGCUCUAGAGAGAACCGUGAUCUCUGCAGUAGAGCACAGCCGUGAAGACAUGAGACUCGAGCAGGAGAAGAAGGUGCAGGAGAUGCGUGAGGUGAUGGAGGCUGAGAUGAGGACACAACUGCGUCGUCAGGCUGCUGCACACACAGAUCACCUUCGUGACGUGCUGAAGGUGCAGGAACAAGAGCUACGAGAAGAGGCCCAGGAGGUUCUGAACAGUAAGAUGAUGGAGCAGGAGACUCAUUACCGCAGACUGACUCAAGAACAGUUGGACACCUUCACUCUGGACAUGAAUGCUGCCUACGCUCGGCUGAAGGGCAUUGAAGAAGCCAUAGACAGUCAUGUGAUUGCUGAAGAAGAGGCACGUAAAGCUCACCAGCUGUGGCUGUCUGUGGAGGCUUUGAACUACACUCUCAAGUCAGCAGGCGCUGAUUCCCCCACCGAGCCUUUAGAGGGCGCUGUACAUGCCAUUAAGGAGAGCUGUGCAGAAAAUGAGUUUGCUCAGGUGUUGGCCACCGCCAUUCCCGAGGAGUCUCUCAGCCGAGGGAUCUACAGCGAAGCUUCUCUUCGUGCACGUUUCUACGGCAUCCGCCGGCUCGCGCGACGCGUGGCACUUAUCGACGAAUCGCGCAACAGCCUUUACCAGUACUUCCUGUCGUAUCUACAGUCCUUACUUUUGUUUGAAAGUGAGCAGUUAGCACCACCUGCUAAACUAGCACCUGAAGGUCUUGACACAUUCAAGCUGCUUGCCUACGCUACUUAUAGCAUCGAGCGCGGUGACCUGGAACUUGCCGCUAAAUUCAUCAACCAACUGCGCGGCGAGUCACGCCGUGUGGCGCAGGACUGGCUUAAAGAAGCCCGGCUCACACUAGAAACAAAGCAGGUUAUCAGCCUGCUAUCAGCAUAUGCUAAUGCUGUGGGAUUGGGCACCACACAGGCCCCUUAGCCACACCCACUGUUCACCACGCCCACUUUGUGGAGAUUAUGUAAAUUAUGAGGAGUCACUUGCCCAAUAUUAAAGGAACCAUUCACCCAAAAAUGACAAUUCUGUCAUCAUUUACUCACCCUGCUGUCAUUCUAAACUUUUUAUUUUUUUUAAUUUUUUUUUUUAAAGAAUCAUGUAGCUCUUUUCCAUACAGCAACAGAGAUUGAAAGAUCAAAAAAGAACAAAAAUACACCAUAAAAGUAGUCCAUACAACUUGAGCGAUAUACACGCUUUCCAAAAAUUGUGUGAAUUUAAGUUGUUAUUCACUGAAAAUCUGCCCCUCUGUUUUCGCUUGCGUCUAGCCUGUGUUAGCAUCCAAAUUCAUGCUGCGACAACGUCAUUGAUGCUAUAAUUACUUUAGUUUGAGUGUAGUAACUGCACGCAGCUCGCCAUUUUUGAAUGUGGAUGCAAAUGCAGGCUAGGUGCCAUCUUUGGCGAAGAAAGAUUAUCAGUGAAUUACGGCGUAAAUUUCAGUCUGUUCCUCUCACAAAGAUAUUGAAUGGCUACAGAAGACUUGGAAUGUAGCACAGGAGUCAUAUGAACUAGUUUUAUGGUGCUUUAUGGUGUCUUUUGCUCUUUUCUGAGCUUGACAGGUAUGGUCACUAUAAACUGUCAUAUGGGGUGAGCUUCAAUAACAUUCUUACAAAAUUCAGACUUUCGUGUUCCACAAAAAAAUAACAGCAUGUUGGUGAGUAUACAAUGACAGCAUUUCCAUUUUUGAUUGAACCUGCUGAUCCUCAGAUUAAUUUAUAAAUAUGUUGUGUGCUAGCCAAAUUUGUUUUGUUUUUUUCCUUAUUAUUUGUCCGAAGCACUUUUGCAGCAAGGCCUCCAUCCAGAACAACCAGUGUAGAAUGUCUAAAUGUACCUCAUAUGCAGAAAAUGGAUCUCAAGGGUUUAAAUGCAGUUGGCAAUGGCACUCCUCAGUGUAAAUGACACAUCUGACACUGGUUAGUACAAAGUGUGCAUUUAGCAGCUAGAAGGGCCUUCGGGUCAGUACCACUGUUGGGAGAGUGAAACUAACCGGUUCACUGUUUCAAAAUUCACAUGUAACGCUUUAGAUUCAGAGUUAUAUUUACUGGUUGUUUAUUAACCAGACUGUUGAAAAUAAUCAGCCCUUCUUUCAUUCAGUAGUGGAUAUCAAUAAAUCAUGGUUGUUGAAAAGAA